CUGAUUUGCUCAUGGUCGUGGUCAAAGCUCCACCCAGCCGCAAGCGGGUCGGCGGUCACUAGUAGCCCCAGUGCCCAGGUAUCGAAACUUUUAUCUAUCAUCAGGGCCGCGGCAACUAACUAUAUUGCAAAAAGUUAUACAGCACAAGCAGACGACCGCUCCACAAGUACACCUGCCCCGCAACCAGUCGCCAGGAACGAACAUCGCUUGUCCGCAAUCAACCACACGCUGCGAGGAUCUUGUCGUCGCACCCCCAUCCCCAAACACUGCACGGUUGUGUUUGGCGCAAGGCAUUCGAGCGAUUGUCGAGAACCGACGCGGGAGACGGAGUGCUGACGCGAUGGCUUCUCAAACGCCCACCGGCGCCUCCCAGAGGCUGCUCACGAUGAAGUUCAUGCAGAGAGCGGUAGCAGCAGCUACCUCGCCAUCGUCGCCGAAUACCCCGACGUCCGAUGACGGCCGCGCUUCCAAACGUCGCAAGACCUCUGGCCAGUCCCCCACGACACCCCAGACGCCGAGUUACCUCAUAGACCACAAGGCUGCACAGGCUGCAAGGGAAGAGGAGGAAAGGAAGCGGCAGGAGCACGCGGCUAGGCAGGCGGAAAAGCUGGGCGACUCGCACUGGGUUCUCGAUGCCGCGAAACUCCCCGGGCCAGACCAGCAGGCUGGCAAGGUUCUCCAUGUGGUGCAGGUUGGCUUCUCACAGAUUGACUCUAGGAGAGGAGAGGAGGACGAACAAGCCGGUGCGGAGGAGCACGCCGGGACUAGCGGACCAAGUCUGAAGACAUAUGGCCCCAGAAAGGACACCAGCAAGAACGACGAAUCGAGCGACUCCUCCUCGGACAGCGACUCCUCAGUCUCUGGAUCAUCUGAUUCUUCCAGUGAAGACUCAGCCAAAGAAACACCCAAGCAAUCUGGUCGGGCCAGCUACGGGUCACAGAAACGCCGGGAAAUACAUUCCAGGCAGAGUGCCGAACGUGAACGAGUCCAGAAACUGGCCAAAGAGCGCCGCAAGAAAGAAGUCAAGCUCAACACACUGACUUCUAUAUCUGGUGGCUCAAACAACUUUGGGCGACGGAAAUGAACAGUACCUAGGUGCCUUUCCGCUCCAGAGGGACUUCACUGAGCACUAUACAAACCCCACCCCUGAGUCAUCUCACAUGCUUAGUGGUGAUAUGUAGACUGUGGCUGGGGCCUGACUCUUGCGUGCAGCUGGCAGUGACCAUCGGGUAUGGGGGCCUCCAAGCUGCCGGACUUGCAUCAUAGGUUGAAGCUGAUGUCGACCGGGGAAGUAUGAUACACAGUAAUGGCGGAUCUCGUCAUGGUUUCACAACGGGCGGGCAUGCUCUUGCAAAAUCAGGACCGCCUCCACGGGCAGGCUUCGUAAUGAUGGCGCAACAGCCUGCAUGCAUCCGGCGGCCUUUGAGGUGUCCAUCGGCAAUGCCGAACGCAAGCGCUGAACGCCGCCGCAUGGUGUGUUCCAGCGAGGCGGUUUGACUUUGCCAGUUGUGGGCAUCCGACCUAAGCGUUUUGACGUUGCAGUCUCCGAGACCUGUUCUGCUGGACCAAUGACUCGCCGUCAUGGUUUCCAAGAUAAGAUGCCUUCAGGCUAAAAGAGAAACCUGCCGAACACCACCCAGCAGUCAAUAUUACAGGCCCAUAUUGAGAUGGCGUGUGGUUCUAGAAGGCAAUGCAUACGUUUUUUGAAUUCAAAAGCUUCUAGCUCCACGCGCAGGACUUGGCACGCGUGCGGGUUAUGGCACGUGUAAGCUGCAAAAUACUAUCUUUGAUCCUGCUUUGCCCAUCCUGUCCAGCUACGUGACAGUCUAUGUUAAAUAGUUGAGGUGCUGUUGUUAUCGUAGUCCAACGAAUACCGCCAGACCAAGACAAAUAUGCCGGGCGUCGACAAUUGGGCGGCGUGCACUAUACAGAUAAAAUAGUUAGAAAGGUAGAAAUAAAAAUAGAAAGCUUGAGCCGGGA